AGAAGAGUCACUGUGUUUACUACAAAAUUCCAGCUCAAAAAGAGAGAGUUCUUGGAACACACAAAACUAAUCCUCAUGGAAAAAAGUAAAGUUAACAAGUGAAUGCCAUGAUGUACUUAGUCAGACAGUUUAAGACUGCGUGGGCUGGAAGAUUCAGGCACAGUUUCCUUGUUUCCUUUAGAGAAGGAAAGGAUAUCCAUCUCCAGACAACCAGAGGAAUACCUGCGUGGAUAAAUUACCAUGAGGCAAGUUGGGGUGUGGAUUUACAGCACGUUAUGUACUCCACCCAAUGGCUUCUCUUUAAGCAGCAUAAACAACUGAGCAAGGACCUGUGCAGACCUGGCGAACACAACAGGAGACCCUUUUGACUGUACCAUUUAUACAAACAUGAAGCUGUUGUUUUUCCUGUGCCUUUUAAUUGUUGGGAUUCAUUCCAACAGUUAUCUCUAUGAGCCUAAUCGCCAAGGUGUAAGAAACCAAAAUCAAAGAGGCCAAGAAAAUCAAUAUAUGCUGCAGCAGACUGUAGGGAACAGCGUUUGUCAGUUUGCAUGCUGUUUCUACAAGGAGAUUUCUUCUCGUGAAAACAGUGGGAAUAUUUUCUUUUCUCCCUUGAGCAUCUCUACUGCCUUUGCAAUGCUGACUCUCGGUGCCAGAUCUGACACUCUGACACAGAUUCUUAGGGUCCUUAGUUUUAACCCACGUGAAAUUUCUGAAAACCAAAUACAUGAAGGUUAUCGUCAACUCAUGCAAAUGGUAAACAGAAAGAAUGAGGCAUUACAGCUGAAUAUGGGAAAUGUCCUGUUUGUGCUUGACCAGUUGAAACCACAAGAUAAAUUUUUAAAUAAUCUCAGAAACUUCUAUGAAGGAGAAGCUUAUCCUAUGAACUUCAAGAGGGCUAAUCAAGCCCAGAUGAAGAUCAAUGAAUAUGUAGCAGGAAGAACCAAUGGGAAAAUCAGGGACCUCAUAAAUAACCUUGAUCCACUUACUGAAAUUCUCCUCAUUAGUUAUAUUUAUUUUAACGCUGAAUGGGAAAAACCAUUUGACCCAAAGUACACUAAAAAGGAUAAAUUCUUUGUGGAUGGGAACAAGGCUGUUGAAGUCCCAAUGAUGUUUGGAAUGGGCCUGUUCAAGCAUGGCUAUGAUGAACAGCUGUCUUCCACAGUUGUGCAAAUGGAUUAUAAAGGAGGUGCUUCAGCAUUUUUUGUUCUGCCUGAUCAAGGAAGAAUGAGGAAGCUGGAGAGAAAAUUGUCUUGUGAACGUAUGUCAAGAUGGAGGACAUUAGUCUCAAAAAGCUCAGCAAAUUUUUAUCUUCCGAAAUUCACUCUUUAUGGGAGGUAUAACCUAAAAAAUAUGCUAUAUAGAAUGGGCAUCAUGGAUGUAUUCACUGAUAAGGCUGAUCUCUCUGGGAUCACUGGACAGCCCCAGCACAGAAUUUCCCAGGCUAUACAUCAGGCUGUGGUGAAGGUGGAUGAGACUGGCACCGAAGCAGCAGCUGCCACAGGCAUGGAAAUUGUGCCUAUGUCUGUUCCAGUUACUAUUAAAUUGAACAGGCCCUUCCUAAUGGUCAUAACUUUGGAGAACAAUAUACUUUUCAUGGGAAAAAUUGUGAACCCUCUGAAAAAAGAUUAAGUUGAUGUACAUAUUAGGUACGCAGUUAUCAACACUGUUAAAUCCAACGUUUCACCUGAUGAGCAUAGCAUGGCUACAGAGGGCUCUCCACCUCUUAACUAUGUUAUUCACUGUUUUUUUGUAGAUGAGACACUUCAACAAUUUGUCAUAGUUGCAUGUUUGUUUGGGCCUUUUUUUUUUUUUUUUUUUUUUAAAGAAGGUUACAUUCAGGCAAAACUGUCAUUAGAUCUGGAACAAAGUAGGCCUGUGUAAUACCGACAGCAUAUAUACAUUUUCUAGCAGGGAAGAUGAGGAGCAUAUGAGCAUGUGGGUGGAGAGGACUGUGUAAGCCUGCUUCUUCCCUCAUGGCUGCCUUCUCACCACUUUUUUUUUUUUUUUCAUUGACUGACAAAUGGGUACAAGUUAUUGCACUUUACUACUUGUCCCCAUUUUCCUACCAACAUGAAGUUCAAAUUUAGAAUAGAUUUUAACAUACAUAGUGCUUACUACCUUGCAUAAUACCAUUGUUCAGUGAGUCUGUUACCUCCUUGCCUUUCAGCUGUUCUGGCAUCUAAGCUGCUGCAAAGGGGGUCACAGAGAAGGUGUGUUUUUCCCUUGCAGAUAUAUACUUGUCUAUCCACUGUUUCUGUAAGAGUUCCCAAUCCAAACUCAUCCCAGAGCAGAUGUGUCAGAAUUGGGUCUAAGAAAAGAAGACAUAGAUCAAAUCUCUACAGCUUCCUGGAUCAGACCUUUGUAAAUCUGAUAUACAGCUUAGAGCAGCCAGAGUAUCUUCUGGCCUGUGCCUUCACCUAAACCAGCUACUAGAGGAAACAUAAGCCAUCUCCUUGUGGUGCCAGUGCCUGUAGCAUUACCAUCUGGCCCUGGGAGAUUACCCAUGGUAGUAAGCACCAUUGCAGUAUUGUUUGUAGGACUGAGCACCCUACCAGUAGCACCUUAUACCCCAUUGGUGACUUUUACCAUGUCUUGAUAUAACCCCUUCUGUUCCCGGACUGUCCAGUAACACAACAUUGGUAUUCUAUUUAUCAUCUACUUCAUAGUUAGUAUAGCAGCAAUGUUAUAGGAUCUGUUUUCACUAUUAGGAUACACAAUACCAAAAGUCACAUUCAUAAUGCACAUGCUUAUUUAUUUUUUCUUAAGUUUACUUUCCUAUCUAUUUUUACUUCUUGUUUCAGAACAUCUAUCAGUAUUUUAUUUCUGUGCUCAUGUUCAAGGUAUAUAUCUGAUUUCUGGUUGCAGGAGGGGUAAAUUAUUGACUAAAAUGGGUUAGUCUGUUAAUGGGUGUUAAGCAUUAACAACAGUCUUUGUACAGUCUUGAAAUACACAGUCAAAUGUACUAUGGUAGAAGAACAACAAUGAAUAAAUAUGACAUUAAAAGUUUCUAAUUUUGCUAUUUUUUUCUGUAAUUCAGAGUUAAGAAUUAAGAAGCAUGGUUCCAGCAUUUUUUUUCACCAGUAUCAACAAACAUUUAUAUAUUGCUCAUAUGCCAGCAUAUAUUGCUCAGCAUGAUAAUGCCAGUAACAAACUUCAGAAAGCCCUCUCUCUUUGGCCUGAGCACUAAAUCUCAUUCAGCACAUAACAGGUUAUUUCUGUUAGGAGGAGCAGUUACUGGGAAGGUUGGGCAUUUCUUUGACACAUCAGUGUUUAUUUGAAAGGCUAUACACAACAUAUUGCUUCUACUUUAUUUAAUGUAUAGAUUCAUAUGUGUCCCUCGUCAUCUCUGUUCUGGAAAGGUCUCACUUGACUCUGUCUGAUUGUUAUGUUACCAGUCUUGACAUGUGUUUUUUGCUGCAGUUCUUCUUCCUUCAGCUACUUUAUUCCAUAAACAAAAUGUUUGCUCCUAAAUUCUAUACUGAGUGAUAGAGUGAUAUUCAGUCAGCCACCUAGAUCAUACUCUUUUUUUUUUCUUUAAUAGAUUAUGACAGAAAAAUGAAAGAAAUACAUAGAAUCUAUGAGCUUUUUGUAAAGGAACUUAUUUUCAAAUAAUAUCACAGGUAUACAACAGAGAAGAAAAACUCAUCUGUGUGACAUUUAAAUUGGGCAAUAAGGAAGAAUAAGCUCAUUAUCUCACAAAUUAAAAGUUAGAUAUAAUCAAGUUGUUUUCAUUUGUCUUUGACUACAUCACUGCAUCUACAGCAAACCUUAACAGAGGACAUUUUU